CGCAGAUUCGCCAUAACCUUGCUGGCUCUUUUCUUAAAAAAAUAAAAAUACAAACCGGAGCAUCAGCGGGUCACCCCGUCUUCUCGGUAGGCACGGGAGGGGACCUAUAAGAGCCCGAGGCUUUUUUUCCUCCGCGGUGGGGCCGUUGCCAUGGAGACGCGGGCGGCAGAAAACACGGCCAUCUUCAUGUGCAAAUGCUGCAACCUCUUCUCACCCAGCCAGUCAGAGCUCUGCUCUCACGUGUCCGAGAAGCAUGCGGAGGAGGGGCUGAGCAUGGAUGACAUCAUCAUUCCCCUCCGGCCUCUCAGCACACCCGAGCCCCCCAACCCCAGCCGAGCCGGAGAUGAAUUGUUGGCGGUGAAGCGGAAGAGGGGCCGGCCAAAGGGGUCCACAAAGAAGCCUUGUGCGGGAGCAGCUCAGCCGGAACAGGUGAGCAGCACCCCUGAGGAGGGCCCACCAGCUCCCGAGGACGAGGGCAGCGCGGGGUCCAGCAGCCUGGAGUGCAGCCAGUGCGGCCGCAGCUUCUCCAACGCCAGGCAGGUGCGGAAGCACAUCUGCAUCAUCGUGCUGAACCUGGGUGAGGAGGACGCCGACGCAGCCCGGACGUCUACCUGCAGCAGGCUGGGCCCCACGCAGCUCAAGAUCUUCACGUGCGAGUACUGCAACAAGGUCUUCAAGUUCAAGCACUCGCUGCAGGCGCACCUACGCAUCCACACCAAGGAGAAGCCUUAUGCCUGCUCGCACUGCAGCUACGCCAGCGCCAUCAAGGCCAACCUCAACGUGCACCUGCGCAAGCACACUGGCGAAAAGUUCUCCUGCGACCACUGUGCCUUCACCUGCCUAAGCAAGGGCCACCUCAAGGUGCACGUGGAGCGCGUGCACAAGAAGAUCAAGCAGCACUGCCGCUUCUGCAAGAAGAAGUACUCGGACGUGAAGAACCUCAUCAAGCACAUGCGCGACGCCCACGACUCGCAGGACCGCAAGGUCCAGGAGGCACUGGAUAAGCUCUGCCUGAUGACCAGGGAGGGCAAGCGGCAGCUGCUCUACGACUGCCACAUCUGCGAGCGCAAGUUCAAGAACGAGCUGGACCGUGACCGCCACAUGCUGGUGCAUGGUGACCAGUGGCCCUUCGCCUGUGAGCUCUGCGGCCACGGUGCCACCAAGUACCAGGCACUGGAGCUGCAUGUCCGCAAGCACCCCUUCGUCUAUGUCUGCGCACUGUGCCCCAAGAAAUUCGUCAGCUCCGUGCGGCUCCGUGCCCACCUCCGCGAGGUGCACGGCUCGGCCCCUGAGGCCACCGCCUUCCACAAUUCCAUUAACCAGAGCUUCUGCCUGCUGGAGCCCGGUGGGGACGUCCCCCAGGAGGCUCUGGGUGACCAGCUGCAGCUGGCCGAGGAGGAGGUGGUGCUGCAGGGGGUGAACGCCCCCAAGGAGGCGGCUUGCCCCAUGGACACCCAUCCCCAGGAGGCCCCGGGGGAAGUGGCAGUGGACCCAGGCACGCUGGGCACCCCGGUGGAGCCUGCCAGCCUUCCUGCGCCCACGCUGGUUUCCCCUGGCUUUCUGCAGAAUAGUGGCGCCCUUGCCCCCACCGAGACUCACACCGUGCCUGAAAACCCCGGGCAGCCCCAGCCCGCAGCUCCAGCCCCGACUCAGGACCCCGGGGUGGCACUGUCCCCGGCUGGAGAGAAAGGUGCCAGCCCUCCCCAGGAGCCUCAGGUCACAGAGAGCCCUCUGUGCCCAGGUCAGGACACAGCCGCCCUGGGCCCUGAUGACCGGCCGGGUCCGGCGGAGGCCUCCGGACAACCCCCUCCGGUGGCAGGCUGUGGGGAUGGAGUCCCAUGCCAGCCGGACACCUGCCAGCCCGCCUCAGAGCCCUCGAGUGACAUCACCCCCUUCAUGAAGAUCCUGAACAGCCUGCAGAAGAAGCCCAUGACCACGGGCCUGUGUGAGCGCAUCCGGAAGGUGUACGGGGACCUGGAGUGCGAGUACUGCGGCAAACUCUUUUGGUACCAGGUGCACUUCGACAUGCAUGUGCGCACGCACACGCGUGAACACCUGUACUACUGCUCCCAGUGCCGCUAUUCCUCCAUCACCAAGAACUGCCUGAAGCGCCACGUCAUUCAGAAGCACAGCAACGUCCUGCUCACGUGCCCCACCGACGGCUGCGACUACUGCACCCCCGACAAGUACAAGCUAGCUAGUCACUGCAAGUUGGAGUCCACUCUGGACAAAAGGAGUUAUUCUUGUCCUGUGUGUGAGAAGUCUUUUUCAGAAGAUCGAUUGAUAAAGUCACAUAUCAAGACCAGCCAUCCUGAGGUCUCUUUGAGCACCAUCUCGGAGGUCCUCGGCAGGAGGGUGCAGCUGAAGGGGCUCAUCGGGAAGAGAGCCAUGAAAUGCCCCUACUGCGAUUUCUACUUCAUGAAGAAUGGCUCGGACCUGCAACGCCACAUCUGGGCGCAUGAAGGUGUGAAGCCCUUCAAGUGCUCUGUGUGCGAGUACGCGACGCGGAGCAAGAGCAACCUCAAGGCCCACAUGAACCGGCACAGCACCGAGAAGACCCACCUCUGUGACAUGUGCGGCAAGAAGUUCAAGUCCAAAGGGACACUGAAGAGCCACAAGCUCCUGCACACGGCAGACGCCGCCAUGCCCCUCAUCUUGUCCAGGCCCUUCCUCUUCUUCACUGCCCUCCACCCUUACCAGGCACGCUGGCAGAGGGCCGUGGACGAGCGGAAGAAGCAGCAGGUCUGUGUGGAAGAAGUGCCGCCGGAGUGGUCCCUGGAGUCAGGACUGCAGACACGUCAGCAGGGGGACCAGCGCCCGGAGAAGCACGUCCCCUCUGUAGAGUGGAGGGCAGUGACAGAGGAGCACGCCCGGCAAGGUGGACGGCCACGUGGUGCAGCCAUCGUGAGGGUGGCCGCUCCUUUCCGCUGUGCCCACUGCCACUACUCCUGCAACAUCUCCGGCUCCCUGAAGCGGCACUACAACAGGAAGCACCCCACCGAGGAGUACAGCAACGCGGGCAGUGGCGAGCUCGCGCCUGAUGCGCUGGUCCAGCAAGGUGGUUUGAAAUGUCCCGUCUGCAGCUUUGUGUAUGGGACCAAGUGGGAGUUCAACAGGCACCUGAAGAACAAACACGCGCUGAAGCUGGUGGAGAACGAAGGGGACCCCACGUGGGAGCCAGCAACAGAGGCUCCUGAGGAGCCGCCCACCCCGUACCUCCACAUCACAGAGGCCGAGGAGGACGUUCAGGGGACGCAGGCGGCCGUGGCCGCACUCCAGGACCUGAGAUACACCCCUGAGAGUGGUGAGUGGCCCCCGGCUUCCCAUGACAAUAGGCCGUUAGACACGGAGCGAGUGACCAACGAGGAGCCCAGCGCCAACCACACGGUCAUGAUCCAGGAGACGCUGCAGCCGAGCCUGGCGGAGGAGCACCACCUGCUGCUGUCGUCCGACGACGUGGAGGGCAUCGAGACAGUGACGGUGUACACGCAGGGCGGCGAGGCCUCCGAGUUCAUCCUCUACAUGCAGGGCGCCGUGGCCCACGUGGAGGAGACGCCCGCCGAGAGCCCCUGCCCGCUCUAAGCGGAUGGCCUGCCCUUCCCACCACUGGCAUCACUCGGAACACAGGGCGGGAGCUCAGCUCCACACCCUGACCCUGUGCCCUAAGCUCCCAGCAACGCCCCCACUCAUGUGUCCCCCCUCCCUCCAACCCCCUCCCACCUGCAUCACCGUCCUUGCGAGAUUCAGGGAAGGGCCCUGCCCCGCAUUACCCCCGGGGCCCCCCAGCCCUGCCCCAUCCUGGCGGACUGCGCUUGGAGACCUGUGCACCGCCUGGUCCAAGGGAGCCUGCCUCGCGGGGACAGUGGCCUUAUGGGAGGGGCCCUGCUUUCUGUAGAGCCCCCCACUCCAGUACCGAGGUGCCGCUCAUGCUGUGCGCGCGGCUACCUUUGGAAUUCUCUAGCUGUAAAGGCGCCCCUGUCACCAGCCCUGCCCGGAGGGAGGUGAGCUGGGCCCCACACAGGCCUCCCGUAGGCCUGCGGUGCUGACCCUGUUUGAGCCCUGGGGUCUGCUUGACCACCACCCCCACCACCCUGCGUGGGGUGAAGUUUACGGUCCCUCUCCUGGUCCCCAGCCACUAUGGGGAGCAGCCCCUAACACAAUGUCCUGGGGGGCAAUAAACGACAAUCGGAAGCCUU